GCGCCGUCUAUCGGUCAGGUAUUAUUUACGUACAUGUGUAAUAGUUAAAUAUGGAGGUUUAUAUAUGAUGUAAUUUCUCACAAUAAAUUUAACGGAUUUAGUAAGAGAACAUCUACAAUAGAGAAAUAAACUUCUAUAUUAUAUCAGUUAUGUCUAAAGAGGAGGACGUGUCACAUUUAGUCGACAAUGACGAGUUGGCACGAGAACUUCAACCUCAUCUCAACUACGCUGCCUCAAAUCCACACGACGAAGUCUCACUGGACAAUGUUACACCGACUGUGGAAGGAAACCGGGAACCAAACGGUGGUGACACAGGAACAAGAAACGCUGAUGGUAAUAGUUCUGCAGAAAAUAAAGACGCAACCGGAAGUGCUAACACAUGCAAUCAAAAUGGAGAAGUUGCUCUGUCGUCGACACCCGUGUACUAUAGCUCAAGUACAGGGGAGUCAAACAUUGUUAACGAGCCUGUUGUGAUAAGGCAGGCGAAUGGUGUGCACGUGAUCAGGACUCGGGAAUGCUGUCACACCCCGAACAAUUACAGUCGGGAGAAACCAUUAAAACUUAAACAUAUUAGAAUCUUAAAGGCAUUUUCAACAGUAGCUGUCGUGAUUUUCUUUCCUCUGGGCAUUCCAGCAAUGUAUUAUGCUUUUAAAAGUGAAAAAGAAUUCCAUGCGGGCAUUUUGCGCGGGGACCUAGAUUUGGCGCGAAAAUUUGCUAAACGAAGCGAACGGUUGAUAAUAUUUUCAGUGAUGGGCGCGUUACUUGUAGCGGUUGGAGUGUUUGCCUUCGUUGAAAGGAAAUUGAUGGAGGACGACGAUGACUACUGGAAAUACCGGAAUAAUAAUAGAGUGUUACCAUCAGGAUAGGUAGAUGGUUGGAGAAGCGCGUGUAGACAGGAGAUUCUCAUUAGGUGUUGGGGAAGAAUGAUGCAGGAAGAAUAGAUCCAUUGAUACCUCUUUUAUUGAUAAUAUGCUGCUUAGUAACAGUUAUUUAUUUGAUAAGAUUUGAGAUUAUAUUAUGAUUAUUGUUUACUUAUUUUGUGCAGUGACUUACUUUUAAUUAUUUUCAUUCUAGCUACUUCUUGAUAGAGAUUUCCUAUACUUACCGUAAGUGUUUACAGAAAGAUAAGUUAUUUUGAAAUCAUAGACUUGCUGGGUUUUUUAAAAAAUAUUUUACCAGUUUUUUUUUCAAUUAAAACGUAAAAAAUGCUUUGGCAAAACCAAUAUAAUGACUUGUUUAUUGGCAAACAAUCAGGAAUGAUGUAUACAUAUGUCUGUUUAUAUCUAUGUUAAUAAUCAUUUUUUCUGCAAUAAUAAUUAUGCUAUUAUUUAUUGUAUAACAAGUAUAGAUAGCUAUAGAUUCUACAAUAAAUAUGUGCUGUAAAUCUACAAUAAGUGAUAAACAAGACAUAAAUUUGCUACAUUGGUCAAUAAACAUUCUGUGCUGGUUUCUGACCAAUCAAAUACCUGAGAUCUGAGUUUGAGCUUAGAGAAUUCUUUUCAACCUUUUUUCACUAUGAAUAUUUUAGAACACAAAUGUACAUAGUUAAAUUAUAAAUUGGUAAUUACAUUCAAUAUUAAAUGUGGCAUUGUUUUCUCAUGUUUUAUGUGAUCAUUUAAAGUUAAACUAUGCAUGGAACUAUGCAGUAAAUUUAUAGAGUGGCAUUAUAUUUUAAUUUGUAUUAUUUUAGGUCAUAACUUGAUGAAACUGUUGUUCAGUCCCAGUUAUUUUGUGUAUUUAUCAAAAUUUAUAGAUAAUUUUCCAUAUCUUUGACAAUCACAUUUAACAGAAAAUUAUAAUCACACUGUAAAAAUGUAUACAUGUAAUAUACUUUUUAUGACAUAUAUGUUAAGGAAUGGGGUUAGAUCUUAUCAAAGAAAUAUUCAUAAUACCAUAUGUAAUAAUCAUUUUAUUCCAUGAAACAUGUAUAUAUAAAUUUGUAUAAUUAUACCAUUUGGUGCCAAAAUGUAUAAAUUUAAUUAAUAUGAACCGUGUCAUGACAAAACCAACAUAAUGGGUUUGCGACCAGCAUGGAUCCAGACCAGCCUGCGCAGUCUGAUCAGGAUCCAUGCUGUUCACUUACAAACUCUAUAACAAGUAGAGAAACCAAUAGCGAACAGCAUGGACCCUGAUCAGACUGCGCGGAUGCGCAGGCUGGUCUGGAUCCAUGCUGGUCUCAAACGCAUUAUGUUGGUUUUGUCAUGACAUGGCUCAUUUGAUUCAGUUAUUUUUGUUAUUUACAUUACAUUAAUCUCUCUUGGAUUAAAAGUAACAUUAUUAUAUGAUAAAAGAGAAGAAAUUAUUAUGUAUUAAACUAUUUUAGAGGAGUAAAUUAGGCUGACUGGCACAAUAAAGCUAAGACUUAUGUUAAAGACUUGAAGCAGAAAACAAAUUAUUGGUCUUAUACAUGUUUGUAUAAAAUAUGAAAAUAUUGUACUUUUUUUUAAAUUUGUUAAUUAGUUCAAUUCAUGAUUCAUCCAGUUUUAUUCCAAAAAAACAAAACAAAACACAAAAAUUAAAACUUAAGAUUCUUGGUCAUGAUUAGCAUUGUUCAUUAGGUAGCAAAGCGAGUCUUUUAAUAUGUGGUGCAGUUUUGUCACUUUUUUCAGAAAUUUUGAUACCAUUAACAAUUAUAUUAAGAAUAAAUAAUUAAAAUUCUAUUUUUCAUAAACUAUGUGCCGACAAGUCACAUAUUUGGCUCUAUAAAAAGACAUUUCAACUAUUAAUUCAUUGUAAUUAAAGAGCAAAAGCACUGUAUUCAAGAAAAUUUCCUGUGCAUAAUAAAAGGAUAAGACUGAGUGGUUAGCUCUUUGGACCGUGUUAAUUAGUUGACCCGGGUUCAAUUCCUGACGUUGAAGGUCACUUUCGAUGUGAUUAAUAUAAAACAGAACCUGGACAAGUGUCAGUACCUUUAGAUGAUCAAUACGAGUUGAUAGUUUUCGAUGUAUAUUAAAUAUUUACAUUAAGAAUACUUUUACAUUCCACAAUGAAUUAAUUUAGAUUAUGGAUUAUAUAGACUUUUAAUAUCCCUUUAUAUGUUUGUACAAGAGUGGUAGAAGUAAUUAUUAAACAAUAUCGAUACAGAAAUAUCUGGGGCAAUGAAUAUUAUUGAAUUACAUGUAAUCCAUUGAUUACAUAAAUAUGAAUAGGAAAAUUGAUAAUAAUCAUAGUAAAUGGAUUUUUUUCUGAUUAAUCAGUGUAAAAAAAUGUGAAAUUAUGUGUUAUAUGUAAUUUAUACUUACUGAGACAGGGUGAUUUUAAGUUUUUUCUCAUGAUAAGAAUCUCUGUAUCAUAUUUGUUAAUGCUUUUACUCUAUUAUACAUGUAUAUAUAAAAAUACUAACUAUGCAUAAUAUUUUAACACUUGUUAUACAGCAUGUUUUAAAUAAUAAAUUAUCAUUGAACAUUUUACAACCAGAGUUA